UUUCAGUCCAUCAUGGAACAGUUCAACCCCUGCUUGCGGAACUUCGUUGCCAUGGGGAAGAGCUAUGAGAAGGCCCUAUCCAAUGUGACGUUUGCUGCUAAGGGCUACUUUGAUGCCCUGGUGAGGAUGGGAGAGCUAGCCAGUGAGAGCCAGGGAUCCAAGGACAUGGGGGACGUGCUGUUUCAGAUGGCUGAGGUCCACAGACAGAUCCAAGUACAGCUAGAGGAGAUGCUGAAGUCUUUCCACAACGAGCUGCUGUCUGAGCUGGAGAAGAAGGUUGAGCUGGAUGCUCGUUACCUGACGGCUGCGUUGAAGAAGUACCAAGUGGAGCACAAGAGUAAGGGAGAGAGUCUGGAGAAGUGUCAGGCUGAACUGAAGAAACUCCGCAGGAAGAGCCAGGGCAGCAAGAACCCCUCCAAGUACGGAGAGAAGGAGAUGCAGUUUGUGGAGACCAUCAGUAGUAAGCAGAGUGAACUGGACACCUUCAUAGCAGAGGGCUACAAGACUGCUCUGUCUGAGGAGCGCAGGAGGUACUGUUUCCUGGUGGACAGACAGUGUGCUGUGGCCAAGAACAGCAGUGCCUACCACGGCAAGGGUAAAGACCUGCUGACCCAGAAGAUCCCAGUAUGGCAGCAGGCUUGUUCAGACCCCAACAAGCUACCAGAGCGGGCCAUGCUCCUAGCCCAGCAGAUGGGCUCCGGGUCCAGCACGGGCACCGCUUCCCUGACCAUGGGGGGCUCCAGCCCCCUGAACACCUCCAAGUCUAACCUGUCCAACCUGGUCAUCUCUGACCCCAUCCCCGGGGCUCAGCCACUCCCUGUCCCCCCAGAACUGGCUGUCUUCAUGGGUGGUGGGCUGGGACACCAGGCGAGGCUGAUGGGUUCAGAUGGGAUUUCCAUGGUGAACGGUACGACAGGACUCCACGGAGAGGAAGAGUACUGGACAGAGGGUGGGGUGUCAGUCUCCCAGCUCCAAGGAAGACCCUCCUCCCCCCAGGCCCCUUCCCUACCCCAGGGACAGGCCCCCACCCAGAGACAGGUCAGUGAGCACUACUCCAAUACCCUGCCCGUCCGCAGGCCCCAGCCUGCCAAGAACAAGACCUCUGUUGGUGAGACCCGUACCCUGCCCAGGUCGAGCUCCAUGGCAGCGGGGCUGGAGAAGAACGGUCGUGCCCGUGUCCAGGCCAUCUUCUCCCACGCGGCCGGAGACAACAGCACCCUGCUCAGCUUCUCUGAGGGAGACAUCAUCACCCUGCUGGUCCCAGAGGCCCGUGACGGAUGGCACUACGGGGAGAACGAGAAGAACAAGAUGCGUGGCUGGUUCCCCUUCUCUUACACACGUGUGCUGCCAGAGAGUGAGAAGGAGAAGCUUCAGGUGAA